UGUUAUACUCCCAUCAAAUUCACUUGUGAGGAGUGAGUAUUUUGGUUUUCUUUACCAUUCAAGUAUUCCACUCCAGCAAGAACAUCUCGAGAUAAAAUCAAACUCAGAUUUUCGUUGUGUAGAUAUGGCGGCGUCAUCAAGCAGUGGAUUAACAUUCAAGCUUCAUCCUCUAGUAAUUCUGAAUAUUUCCGAUCAUUUUACGCGAGUUAAAUCUCAAUUGCAACACCCUUCUUCGCUUUCUAAUGGCGGUGAAUCGUCACCUCCUCCUAGGGUUUAUGGAUGUGUAAUUGGCGUUCAAAGAGGAAGAACUGUUGAGAUCUUUAAUAGUUUUGAACUUCUUUAUGAUCCUAUUAGUAAUUCUCUUGAUCGUGGUUUUCUCGAGAAAAAACAAGAGCUUUAUAAGAAGGUUUUUCCAAAUUUCUAUGUGCUUGGGUGGUAUUCAACUGGAACUGAUGCUCAAGAAUCUGAUAUGCUAAUACAUAAAGCUCUGAUGGAUAUCAAUGAGAGUCCUGUUUAUCUUCUACUCCACCCUUCCAUCAAUCAUGCACAGAAGGAUCUACCAUUGAGCAUCUAUGAAAGUGAACUACAUGUCAUUGAUGGUCUUCCUCAGCUAAUCUUUGUUCGUUCGAGCUACACCAUUGAGACAGUAGAAGCAGAAAGGAUUUCAGUCGACCAUGUUGCGCAUCUUAAACCAGCUGAUGGCGGUUCUGCUGCUACCCAAUUGGCUGCUCAUUUGACUGGUAUCCAUAGUGCAAUUAAGAUGUUGAAUAGCCGAGUUAAAGUUCUGCUCCAGUAUCUUCUUGCCAUGCAGAAAGGUGAGAUUCCCUGCGAGUAUUCACUAUUGAGACAAGUUUCAAGUCUUCUAAGGAGAUUACCUGCCAUUGAAUCUUUGAAAUUUCAAGAUGACUUUCUGAUGGAAUACAAUGACACGCUGCUGGUUACUUAUCUUGCCAUGUUGACCAACUGCUCUAGUGCAAUGAAUGAACUUGUCGAUAAAAUCAACAUUGCAUACGAUAGGCACAGUAGGAGGGGAGGACGGACAGCUUUUAUAUGAACAUAGUUAUUUGCCCCGACAUCUUUUUAGUUGGACCAGAGCGUUUGUUUCUUGAGAACGAUCUGAAGCCGAAUUCGAUCAGGGUUUAGGUGUGAAUCACAAAUGCGUCAAUUAAAAGUAGAUUUUUAGUAAGUUAGCGACUGUUUCGCCUUCACAAUACAUUUGGAUAUGAUUAGCAUGUUUUUCCUGAGUUCUUGGGUGUGUUGAUUUUGAUUCAAUGUUGAGGAUACAAGUCAUGGAACACAUUGUGAUUUGUGAAUAUUGUGAUGGAAUACUUACUCUGAAUAUUUUCAGCUGGGAUUCAGGAUUCUAAUGGAAAUUGGUCGUUCAUCGGCAUAUGCUAUA